AUGUCUGUGGUGAUUCACGGUCCCGGCGCGUCCUUCUUUGUGGGCACGGAGUUAAUCGCCGCUGGCGGGCGCGCGCGCGCAGAUAGCGCGAGGGGAAGCGGGGGGGCACAGGGCGACCGCGUUGCUCCUGGCGGAUCAAGGCGGGGAGCUGAGAGCGCGCAGGUGGAUGGUGCAGACAGCGGAGAGGAUAUUCACAGUAACGGGUAUGGCGAUAGCGAGUACGACAGCAGUGAAAUGGAGCAGGAGGAAGAGGGGGCGAGGAGGAGGAGAGGGAGGAGGAGAAUAGAGGUGUUGAUGGAUCGGUGCAGAGGCGGGGUGGAUGCCGUGGUGCGUUGGGGACGCAGCAGGCGACAGCACCUGAGAGGCACGAGAGGGUUGGCUCGUGGUGGUGCUGGCACGUCAGCAGCAAGAGGUGGGGGUACUUCUGACUCUGGCGAUGCUGAUACCGAGAGUGACUAUGACGAGCGUAAUUCGGAGGAUAGGGAAAGGGGCUGGGCGCCUUAUGAUGAGUGUGACGAAAACGAGGGGUAUUGUAUGGAGUGCCGGAGGAGCGCUGAUGGGGAGCAAGGAGCAGAGGCGGGGAACAGGCAGCAAGGAUGCGCACAUGGGAGUGUGGGGGGGAAUGGGGACGGGGCUGAGCAGGAGGAUGGAGGGGAGAGCGAUAGCAGCGGGUACAGCCGGAGCAGUGGGGGGGAGAGCAAGGCGAGUGCAGACAACGAUGGUGACGGUGCCGAGGCCGCGCUGCUCGACUUCCAAUUCGCUCCGCUGAGGGAGGCAUCAGGGCAGGCGGAGGGCGACAUGUGGGUGGAGGCGGUGCACGUGGUGCUGCCCCCACUACCUGCCAGUGCGAGGGGCGGGUGGGAGGGAGUGGACGUGGCGGGAAUGGAGGCGAUAUUCGACCCGCACUGUGUCAAGUGGUUCCAGCGCGUCAAGCGCCUCUUCAUUGCGCUGCUGCUGCUCGGCUCCAUCUUCUACAUCGUCUCCUUCAUCGGUCCCACUGCUGCUGUUCCAUGCCAUGCAUUGCUCUCAACAGUGGCGCCAGUGUGUGCGGUUGCUGGCAGCAAACCGCUGAGGUGGAAUCAAACUAGCACACGGUAUGACCGCGCUCAAACCACUACCCCUCCUCCGCCUGCCCACCUCCCUGCACCCUCCUCCUUCCACCCCGUACCGACGACAGCGGGAGUGAUGGCGAACCGAGGCAAGAGUGUGGAGGUGGUGUCGGUAGACGCGGGGGCGGCGGGGCAGGGGCAGGCGGCGGCGGCGGGAAGCACGGGGCUGGACACUAACUUUGACUAUGUGUCGCACGCCAUGCUCACCUCCUCCAACAUCUGGGUCGCCAUGGCCUACCUCGUGCUGUAUCUCUCAUUGGACAUGAUUGGCUUUGCAGGAGCUAUCCUGGAGAACGUGAGUCUGUUGACGCUGUACAUAGUGGUGGAGCUCAUCAUCACCUUCAUCUCCGCCCUCGAGGCGCUGCGCCCCUUCCUGCUCUUCCGCCUCCUCGUCAUCCUCCUCGCCCUGCGCCUGCGCUACUGCGCCCUCAAGGUGGAGGAUGCGGAGAGGCGCCUCUUCUCGCGCCUCAUGGGGCGCCCCAUGCCUCCCCCCAACAGACGCACCUGGCUCGCUGUAAGCCCUCCACCCCACCUGCUCCCCCCCUGCCCUUCUCCCACUCUCAUCCGCUUCCCCCCCACCCCACCACCAGCGCGCGGCCUCUCUCGCCCCUCUCUUACGUACCCUGCCCCCUCCCGCUUGGGCAUAUUCCCGGGCACGCUGUCAGCCAUGUUCCGCCACGCGCCACUGAGCCGCUUCCAGCUGCGCGGGCGGCCGUGCAUUGACAUCACUGACACGCCUCUCACGCCUCACACUGGAGCCGAACCAGAAGAAGCAGCAGAGACCGCGGAGGAGGAACGGGAGAGUGAUGCCGCCUUGGCAGCCCAGCUGCUGCUGCCCCCUCCAUUCCCCCUCGUGCCUCAUCUCCCCGUCCCCCGCACGCCCUCCUCCUCCCUCCCGCCCUCGCGCUCCGUGUCCCUCACCCACCAACAGCAAUCCACUGAUGCAGACUUGCCUGCCUCUCCCUCUGCUGCUAUGCUCCCUCCUGCCACCUCCUUCACGCUCAUGUCCUCACCCCUUCCGUCUCUCCCCUCCACUUCCACAUAA